GGAGAUAAGCCAGCCUCAAAAAAAAUAAAUUGAGCUAUGAUACUCUCUGAUAUAUCCCUAACGUCUAAAAAUAGCUCGGAAAAAGCUAAUAUAAACUGUACUCUAGAUAAAAAUGAUGAAUCAGAUAAUUUGACUAAGAAAGUUUUAAAAGAACAGUCGAUAAAACCUUAUCAUAUUAUUGGACCUUUACUUCCAGAAGAUAUUCCAGGAGAAAAAGAAUAUGAAAAUGAAGAUAAGAAUAAGGGGGAUAUAAGUUUUUUCGAAAAAACGGGAAAAAUUAGCCAAAUAUUGAGCUCUGAAGAAGUAGAAAGCGAUGAAGAUGAAAUUGGGCCACGUAUUUCAGAUUUUUUGAAUUUUUCAAAUGUUAAGGAAGGAAGAGAACAAAGAGUUAUAGAAUUUAAAAAAAUUGAAGAAAAAAGAUCAGAUGAAAUUUCUGAGACAUCUAUUAAAACUAAUGAAAAAAAGAGGGAUGAUUGGAUGAUUGUUCCUCCAGAUGCAUCUUAUUUGAAUAGUAGAACAAGCGUUAAAGCACGAACAUUUAAUACAGGAAAAAGUGCUCGAUUAGGUGAAUUUGGUGUCCAAGAUAUGAAUUUAUGGACCGAAUCUUAUGAAGAAAAACAAAAACGACUAAAGCAAGAAACAAUUGGGACGAAGAUACCCGCUUAUCAAGUUAGUACGGAAAAAGAAACUUCCAAUACAAUAUUUGAUAUAAAAAAACAAAAAACAUCUUUUGAAAAUAAACGUCCUUCUUUGUAUGAUAUGCAUCUUAAGAAAAAUAAAGAAAUGAUUGAUGAUCCUUCAAAACGAAUGUUUGAUCGUGAGAAGGAUGUUCUUAAUGAAAAUUGUAUGAAUUUUGAAAAAAGACAAAAAUUAAUGGAUUUUGCAAAAGAUUUAUCUCGUUUUUCAUCGGGAUCUUAUCUUUAAUUAUUGUUUUUGUGAUAAUUUAAAUUAAUUUUAAAUAAAAAAUA